AUUUCAUUUCCAGUUGUGUUGUGUUGUUGUAGCCAAGUACUCAAACCUAUACAUACACACAACUGAUUAUUACAGUAUCAACUUCAUCCUCACCCUAAUUUUCUUCUAAUAUAAAGUAAAGAAUACAAAAAGUCGUUUUGAGAUUGCAUAUUAUCUAUUCGGAAGGAAAUACAUAGGACGGAGAAAUGGUGAAGGUGCGAAUGAACACCGCUGACGUCGCGGCGGAGGUGAAGUGCCUCCGCCGCUUAAUCGGGAUGCGUUGCUCAAAUGUAUACGAUCUCUCUCCAAAGACAUAUGUGUUUAAGUUGAUGAGUAGCAGUGGAGUGACUGAGUCAGGGGAGAGCGAGAAGGUUUUGCUGUUGAUGGAGAGUGGUGUCAGAUUGCAUACAACAGUCUAUAUGCGGGACAAAAGCAAUACUCCAUCAGGGUUUACAUUGAAACUAAGGAAACACAUAAGAACAAGAAGGCUUGAGGAUGUGCGCCAACUUGGAUAUGAUAGGAUAAUACUCUUUCAAUUUGGACUGGGUGUUAAUGCUCACUAUAUCAUCCUGGAGUUGUAUGCCCAAGGGAAUAUUAUUCUUACAGACUCUGAGUUCACUGUCUUGACUCUCCUGCGGUCUCACAGGGAUGAUAAUAAGGGGUUUGCAAUCAUGUCAAGGCAUCGUUAUCCAGUUGAACAAUCUCGAUUAUUUGAGCGUACAACUAGAGAAAAGAUGUCGAAAGUGCUUGAAAAUUUGGUGCAGGGUAAUAGAGAUGCGCAUCUAAAUACUUGUGAACUUGGAAAUGAUAGUUCAAAUGCCCCCAAAGAAAAGCAAGGAGAGCAGAAGAAUGUAAACAGUAGUGAGUUGAAGAAAAGUGAUAACAACCGUGCCAAGCAGGCAACUCUAAAGGUUGUUCUUGGGGAAGCAUUGGGAUAUGGGCCAGCAUUGUCAGAACAUAUUAUAUUAGAUGCGGGUUUGAUACCGGGUACGAAAGUCGGCAAGGAUUUUAAAUUGGAUGAUAAUACCAUCCAGGUGUUGGCUGAAGCUGUAACAAGGUUCGAGGACUGGCUAGCGGAUGUUAUUUCUGGUGAGAAAGUUCCAGAGGGCUACAUCCUUAUGCAGCACAAGAUUUCAGGAAAAAAGAAUGAUGCUGUAUCUGCAAAUGGAACUUUGGAACAGAUCUAUGAUGAAUUCUGCCCUCUGUUGCUAAACCAAUUCAAAUCAAGAGAUCGCAUAGAGUUCGAGACGUUUGAUGCAGCAUUGGACGAAUUCUAUAGUAAAAUUGAAAGCCAACGCGCUGAACAACAGCAAAAGGCUAAAGAAAAUUCUGCUAUGCAGAAACUUGAGAAAAUCAAAAUUGAUCAGGAAAGCCGUGUGCAUGCGCUAAAGAGAGAAGUUGAGCAAAGUGUCAAAAUGGCAGCACUAAUAGAAUAUAACUUAGAAGAUGUAGAUGCUGCCAUCCUAGCAGUCCGUGUAGCUCUUGCAAAUGGCAUGAGCUGGGUUGAUCUGGCUCGUAUGGUGAAAGAGGAGAAGAAAUCUGGAAACCCUGUAGCUGGCCUCAUUGACAAGCUUCAUCUUGAAAGAAAUUGCAUGUCACUGCUUCUGAGCAACAAUCUUGAUGAGAUGGAUGAUGAUGAGAAAACACAACCUGUGGACAGGGUUGAAGUUGAUCUUGCGCUUUCAGCACAUGCUAAUGCUCGUCGGUAUUAUGAAAUGAAGAAGAGACAAGAGAGCAAACAGGAGAAAACUAUUACGGCACAUGAGAAAGCAUUUAAAGCCGCUGAGAGAAAAACCCGCCAGCAACUUUCACAGGAAAAAACAGUUGCCACAAUUUCACACAUGCGUAAGGUUCACUGGUUUGAAAAAUUCAAUUGGUUCAUCAGCAGUGAGAAUUAUCUGGUUAUCAGUGGCCGAGAUGCUCAACAAAAUGAGAUGAUAGUCAAACGUUAUAUGUCCAAAGGAGAUCUGUAUGUCCAUGCCGAUCUGCAUGGUGCAUCUAGUACUGUGAUCAAGAAUCACAAGCCCGAAAUCCCCGUGCCCCCUCUCACUUUGAACCAGGCUGGAUGUUUUACGGUUUGCCACAGCCAAGCUUGGGACUCAAAGAUUGUAACUAGCGCUUGGUGGGUGUACCCUCACCAGGUAAGUAAAACAGCUCCAACCGGGGAAUAUCUUACAGUUGGAAGCUUCAUGAUUCGUGGCAAGAAGAAUUUUCUUCCACCUCACCCGCUCAUCAUGGGUUUUGGAAUUUUAUUUCGCUUGGAUGAGAGUUCUUUGGGAUCUCAUCUGAACGAAAGGAGGGUAAGAGGAGAAGAGGAAGGAAUAAAUGAGACUGAGCAAACUGAACCUUUCAAAGAAAUAUCUGACUCUGGUUCUGAUACUGAGAAGGAAGUAUCAGGUGAAAAGGCCACAUCAAACUCAUCAAACCUCAUAGAUUUGUCAUCAGAACAACAGAUGGGAGAGAUUAUCUCAUUAGCAGCCUCCUCAAAUGACUUGGAUGUACCUGAUGUAACUAUCAAAAAUGACUCAAAUGAUGAGAUGGCGACUUCAGUAAAUUACACUGCUGAUGAUAAAAAAUCUGAUUCUUCCAGCAAAACUUCUACUGCUGUUACACCAAAUUUGGAAGAUCUAAUUGAUAGAGCUCUUGAGCUUGGAUCUACUACUGCAUCUGGUACGAAUUAUGGGCUCCAAGCAUCUCAAGAGGAAAUAGUGGAGGAACAUGACCCUCAAUUGACAAAGGCAGUGCAGAGAGAGAAACCCUAUAUCUCAAAAGCUGAAAGAAGAAAGCUCAAGAAGGGCCAGAAAGAUGGAGAAAGUCAUGACUCUGUAAGCCAGCCAGACAAUCAUGUUAAAAGUUUAAAGCCAGGUAGCGGAAAAAUUAGCCGUGGACAGAAAGGAAAACUAAAGAAGAUAAAGGAAAAGUAUGCGGACCAAGAUGAGGAGGAGCGAAGCAUUAGAAUGGCUCUUUUGGCUGCUGCUGGGAAGUCCAAGAAGAACAUUGAGAAGUCUGCUAAUGAACAGCCCACUGCAGAAAAAGGAGCAAAACUGGCUGCAGUACCCCCAGAUGCCUCAAAGAUAUGUUACAAAUGUAAGAAGGCAGGUCAUAUGUCACGAGAUUGUCCGGAACAUCCAGAUGAAACUUUGCGGAGUAAAGCUGGUGGUGAGGUAGAUAGAACAGCCAGUGAGAUGGACAGGGUGACCAUGGAGGAAGAUGAUAUUCAUGAGAUUGGUGAAGAAGAGAAAGAGAAACUAAAUGAUGUAGACUACCUAACUGGAAAUCCAUUGCCUAAUGACGUCUUAUUGUACGCAGUCCCUGUCUGUGGUCCUUAUAAUGCUCUACAAUCAUAUAAAUACCGUGUCAAGAUAAUUCCCGGCACUUUAAAGAAAGGAAAAGCGGCCAAGACGGCCAUGAAUUUGUUUAGUCACAUGCCGGAGGCAACAACCAGAGAGAAGGAAUUAAUGAAGGCUUGCACGGAUCCUGAGCUUGUUGCCGCAAUAAUUGGUAAUGUGAAGGUCUCAGCAGCAGGCCUUACACAGCUGAAGCAAAAGCAGAAGAAAAACAAGAAAGCAAGCAAGGCAGAAAGCUAAUGCUUGUUAGACACUAAAAAACUAAUGACUAGCAGUUCCACAUGCUCAACAGUUUAAGUGGUCAGUGUAUCAUGAACGCAAAGUUUUGGAACUAAUUUUGUAAAUUAAGGGAACUUUAGGAAUGAAAUCAGGAGUUUGUAUCAAAAGAAAUUGUGAGUACUUGAUGAAAGGAACAUCACCGUUGGAUGAUUAAAUUUUCCUUUGGAGACAAUAAGAGCACGAAACGAUGAAUAAAAUGAAGAAUGUAGAAUA